AUGCUCACACCUUCGAUUAAUAGUCUACCGGUCGAGAUUGUGCAUAUGAUCCUGGAGAUAUUUAUUGGUGGAGGGAUGGGUUCCUCCAGGUACAAUAUCACCGAUCCAGAGUAUGCCGACUUGGACGUCAAUGAACCAUCAGUGGACGAACUCAACCUGAGAUUCAAUCGUCACUCCAAUGUUGUUUCCUAUACUUUAUCUGAAUCCGAAACGAGCGCAACUCUUCUUAAAAAACUGGUCAACUUCGACAAAUUCCACAAAUCGCAUCUUCCCGUUCAAGACCUUGAACCUGUUUUUUACAGAGAGCUUGCUGUUGAGAUACGUGCUUCACUGAGAUUCUUGGAUGUUAUAGUUGGUAGAUAUCCAUUCUUGUCGAUGGACGAGGCGGUAAACAUUAUCAAGUUACUGGGUCACAACCUGAACAAGUUAAAUUUAUGGUUUUUUAGUGGUUUAAUGUGUGUGACACCAGCUUUAAUAAAUGCGGUAAAGCAACUCAAAAAUCUGGAAAAGUUAAGCGUCAUAGACUGGAAUUAUUUAGGACACCCCAGAGAAUCAGAUACAACAUAUAUAGGCUUUCUACUUCUAGCUACUCCCAACAUCAAACAUCUGACGAUCAGUGGCAACCCCCAGGAAGUACUAGACUUGACGUCUCCAGCCCUCUCAAAGUUACAAACUUUCUACUUCUCUUGUAAUGAGGAGGACUUCGAAGCCGUCGCCCAUAUCUGUAAAUUGGCAAAAGAUACCUUAAGAGUUAUUGGUUACCGAUUCAAACAUACUCCUGCUGAAGGUAGAACGCUGAUCUUCGAACAAAUCAACAACACACUCGAAGGUUUGUUUGUAAAUGGUGAAGAAGGAUGGCUUCCAGAAGAGAUCGUCAACAUGGAAUUUCCUAGACUUCGGGUGGUCAAGAUAGUCCAGCUUAUGUGGAUCAGUUAUGACGAUUUACUGGAUAAGCCUUAUGUUCGUAAUAUUCGAACACUUGUGAUAGACUCAAGUAACAAUUCCGGUGAUUGGGAAGAAGCUAUAAGAUAUGGAGAUGGUAUCAAGUCAUUACGGAAACUGAAAUAUAUAAUCUUCAUUACUAAAAGCGAAUGCUCAAAACCGGAUGCUGGACUACUACAUGAUCUCGGUUUGAAAGGGAUCAAGUAUUACAUCUCGCCAAGGUUAACACCCGAAAAACUCAUGGUCAGUACAUAUCAAGUUGCAAUCUGGAUUAAUAUUGAGAGUAUAAAAUUUGACUUGAGGUCCUCGUGUUUUUCUGGAUAUUCAGGAAUUAGACUGGCAACUCAAUGGUCCGAUAGAAUAUUGAACACGCUUCUACAAUUGUUUGUUGGAUCUUUGAGAUUUUCUCAAAUGUCCAAUUCAUAUGUGAACCUGAUCAAUCUUUAA